CGGGGUUGCACGUGUGGAGAGGCCUGAAGAGAGGGGGCUGCGAGCUGGGUGUCGGCGGCGUCCGGGACGUGCAUGUGGCCUCUCCGGGGACUCGGAGGGUGCAGUGGUGGCCCUUCUGUGGGGUGAGCGCCGUGCGGCUGCAGCAUGCCUCACAGAAAGAAAAAGCCCUUCAUAGAAAAGAAGAAAGCUGUGUCUUUUCACCUGGUGCACCGGAGCCAACGUGAUCCUUUAGCGGCGGAUGAGACUGCACCUCAGAGGGUUCUGUUGCCGACACAGAAAAUAAAUGAUGAGGAAAGGCGAGCAGAACAGAGGAAGUACGGCGUGUUCUUUGAUGAUGACUACGACUACCUGCAGCAUCUGAAGGAACCGUCUGGGCCCUCAGAGCUGAUUCCUACAAGUGCCUCCAGUGCACGCAACAGGAGAGACGAAGAAGACACUUCAGUAAUUUCCACCACUGGAAUUCAGUUGCCUUCAUCAGUAUUUGCAUCAGAGUUUGAGGAAGAUGUUGGAUUGUUAAAUAAAGCCGCUCCUGUUUCAGGACCUCGGCUGGACUUUGAUCCUGACAUUGCUGCAGCUCUUGAUGAUGAUUUUGACUUUGAUAAUCCGGAUAAUCUGCUUGAAGAUGACUUUAUUCUUCAGGCCAAUAAGCCGACAGAGGAGGAGGGAAUGGAUGUAUGGAAAUCUGAGGCUGAAGAUGGCAGUGAGUGGGAAGAUGUGGAUGAUGAGAAGGAAGGAGGUAGUGAUGAGGAUUACUCUGACUCUGCGGGCUCAUUAUCAGAUGAGGCUAUGUCUGCUCCUGGAAAACCUCCUGGGGCUAGAGAAAACCACUUCUUCUGGGAAGAGGAAACAAAGAGUCGCUUUACUGAUUAUUCUAUGACAUCUUCAGUCAUGAGGAGAAAUGAGCAGCUGACCCUACACGAUGAGAGAUUUGAGAAGUUUUAUGAGCAAUAUGAUGAUGAUGAAAUUGGAGCUCUGGAUAAUGCCGAAUUGGAAGGUUCCAUUCAAGUGGACAGCAGUCGCUUAGAGGAAGUUUUGAAUGACUACUAUAAAGAGAAGGCAGAGAAUUGUGUAAAAUUGAAUACUCUUGAAUCCUUCGAGGAUCAGGACCUGCCAAUGAAUGAACUUGAUGGGUCUGAGGAAGAAGAGAUUGUUACUGUAGUUCUUGAAGAAGCCAAAGAAAAGUGGGAUUGUGAAUCCAUUUGUAGUACAUACUCAAAUUUAUAUAACCAUCCGCACCUUAUCAAGUAUGAACCAAAGCCCAAACACAUCCGACUAUCUUCUAAAACAGGGAUGCCUCUCAAUGUCUUACCUAAGAAGGGACUCACAGCAAGGCAGGUGGAACGAAUGCAGCUGAUUGAUGGUGGUGAUCUGCCUAAGGUGUCAACCCAACCACGUUGUAGAAAUGAAAGCAAAGAAGAGAAGAGAGCAAGAAAGCAAGCUAUAAGAGAAGAGCGCAAGGAACGGAGAGUGGAGAAGAAAGCUAACAGGUUAGCCUUCAAACUGGAGAAAAGAAGGCAGGAAAAGGAGCUGCUGGACUUGAAGAGGAAUGUUGAGGGUCUAGAGCUAUGACAGUGAACAUUUAGGAUAACACCCCUUCCCUGUGGGGCUCCCCCUGGUGUUCACUAAUGAACAAGGGUCUUCAAAGAGACAAACCGGUUGAUCUGCCAUUUUUACCGGCAGGUAUUGCAAAGAGAACAGUACAGUAUUUGUAGUUUAUACCGGCAAGUUUUCUCUGUCCACCGUCUUGUAAAUAGUGUAAUAUUUUUAAACUUAAUAUUAUAAGCUUAGAUUUGCUCUGAAAUCAGUGACUUCAUGAAGAUGAAAUGUUUGGAUAAAUUAAAGGAAAAUGUCUUCAUAACUUAAAUGGAAUUGUUGUGUUCUUCUUUAUUUGUAUGGUUGUCCCAGUUGUCUUUUGCAGAUGUUCACAAAUAUUUCUUUGAAAGCUCUCCAUGCUUUUUCAGGGAUUAAGAGGUUUAAUUUACUGUAUGUAUGACCCAGUUAAACUCGAUUUUGAAAUGCUGAGUGGUAACAAGAGUUUUCCUGAGAAGGUUCCACUGGUAGGAAGCUAAGUUUCCCCUUGCUGUAUGCAAAGUUAUUUAAAAAGGAUGGUAAAACUGAGUAUUAAGGUUGUUGAGACUCAAUUACUGGGUGACUUGCUUUUGGAAUUUAGGAACAGUGAAGACAGGAAACAGAAGAAAUAAUCAAGAAAACUUCCUUGGCUUCAGUGAGUACCUGGCUCAAAAUCAGAAAUAUUUACUUCAGUUUAAACUAGAAAGUUUGUCUUUUCAACAUUAUUUAAUGCUUGGAACCGUUCAUACUUGAUUAAAAUACAUAGUUGAAAACUUUCCCUA